CUAUCCAUCCCGCCAUCCAUCCACCUGGGCAGCUGCCACCGCUCUUAUCAACUUGACAAGCGGUGGGAUUGCACUUGCGUCCCUGCAUUUCUAAUUAACUGCGUAAGCCACAGCGAUUGGGGGGUACCUUAACUGAACUAGGUAUUUGAUGAUUCAGCUGAAUUAGACUGUGGCCAGAUAUUCGGAACUAUUCAGCCUUUUUACCAACUCUUGGUCUCCUCCAAUCCUCUCCCCAAUUCAAGCUCCCUUCUACUUUAAGGGGACACAUAUGCUACUGUAGAAGAAUACAAAACGUCUUCCUCUACACCGUGCAGUGAUUGAUUCGUUUCUUCCACUUUUCAUUAUUUUUUAUCUAGCCGGUGCUAUAUUAUCAUUAUAGGCUCUUCACCAUGUAUUCGGCUUUCUUUCUCGGCCUACUCGCGGCCGCAGGCGUCUCCGCAGCGGAUGCUUCAGACGUCACCCAGCUGAAUAAGGACACAUUCAGCGACUUCAUUAAGGGAAAUGACCUUGUCCUAGCAGAGUUCUUCGCCCCCUGGUGCGGUCACUGCAAAGCUCUGGCGCCCGAGUAUGAGGAGGCUGCCACUACCCUUAAGGAGAAGUCCAUCAAGCUAGCCAAGGUCGACUGCACAGAGGAGAGUGAACUCUGCCAGUCAUACGGUGUCGAAGGUUACCCCACACUCAAAAUCUUCCGUGGUCUAGAGAGCAUCACUCCCUACACUGGCCAAAGGAAAGCCGCCGCAAUUACCUCCUACAUGAUUAAACAAUCCCUCCCCGCUGUCUCUCUCCUGACCUCUGAGACCCUCGAAGAUUUCAAGACCGCCGACAAGGUUGUCCUAGUCGCUUACAUCGACGCCUCUGACAAGGCAUCCAACGAGACCUACACUAAGAUCGCAGAGAAGUACCGGGAUUCUUACCUCUUCGGUGCUACAAACGACGCUGCAUUGGCUGAAGCCGAGGGUGUCAAGUCUCCCGCCAUCAUCCUGUACAAGCAGUUUGAUGAGGGCAAGGCCACUUUCACCGACAAGUUCGAGGAUGAGGCCAUUGAGAAGUUCGCCAAGGUUGCCUCGACCCCCUUGAUUGGUGAGGUUGGCCCUGACACCUACUCUGGUUACAUGUCGGCUGGCAUUCCCCUGGCCUACAUUUUCUCUGAGACUGCUGAUGAGCGCAAGUCUCUUGGUGACGCCUUGAAGCCCAUCGCCGAGAAGUACCGUGGCAAGAUCAACUUUGCUACCAUUGACGCCUCUUCCUUCGGUGCUCACGCUGGUAACCUCAACCUCAAGACGGACAAGUUCCCUUCCUUCGCGAUCCAGGAAACUGUUAAGAACCAGAAGUUUCCCUUCGACCAGGAGAAGGAGAUUACCCAUGAUGCCAUUAGCGCCUUCGUUGACGACUUCGCUGCCGGAAAGAUCGAACCCAGCCUUAAGUCUGAGGCGAUCCCCGAGAAACAAGAGGGUCCUGUCACCGUCGUCGUCGGUAAGUCGUACGAAUCUAUCGUCCUGGAUGACACCAAGGACGUCCUGAUCGAGUUCUACGCUCCGUGGUGCGGUCACUGCAAGGCUCUUGCCCCCAAGUACGAAGACCUUGCCUCUCUCUACGCCAACAGCGAAUUCAAGGACAAGGUUGUCAUCGCCAAGGUCGAUGCGACCGCCAACGAUGUGCCGGAUGAGAUCCAGGGUUUCCCUACCAUCAAGCUAUAUCCUGCCGGUUCCAAGGACAAGCCGGUCAACUACAGCGGUUCCCGAACCGUUGAGGAUCUGGUCAAGUUCAUUAAGGAGAACGGCAAGUACAAGGCUGGUGUUUCGGAGAAGAAGGAAGAGGAGACCCCUGUUGCCCCUGCCGCGACUGAGUCUACUAGCAGCGAGGCUGCCCAAGAGACGCACGACGAAUUGUAGACUUGGAGUAUGAGAACGAGCCAAGAAAAUCAGUUGUACAGUUUCUUUCUAGUUAUAUCGACCGAGCAAUUCUAAUCAGCCGGCACACUGGGACAUCCUUGGGACUGGGAUAUACACAUGUUGACUUCAGGUAGUUCAGCAUAAGGUUCAUGAAUUCAUUGUUUGUUUGAUGAAUUGUAUUGUCGUGAUUAUGAAUUACGUGGAUAGAGUUGUAUGGUAGUACUGGUGUUAAUGAGGUACCUACGUAUCUUUUGGCGAACAAAGAAACAGCCAACCACGACAAUUGGCUCUGUCAGCCGUCCCGAGGUAACACGAAGUUAAAAGUGUUGCCGAUAAAUUUCCGCC